GGCCAACGAUGAACUGUUCCUCCUACACACGCAAGGUGGCGCUGUGAACCCAGUCAUUGCUCAGAUCAGAUGAUUGCUGAAACUUCCAUUGGAAUAUUUAUCUCCACUGCUACCUUUAGCGUUAGCAUCACGGUCGUUGCCCUCCGUAAAGGCACAGACCAUCAUCAUGUCAUUUCUUUUUGACUGGAUCUACAGAGGAUUUAGUGGGGUACUCCAGUUCUUAGGUUUGUACAAAAAGUCUGGGAAGCUUGUGUUCCUGGGCCUUGACAAUGCUGGCAAAACAACCCUUCUGCACAUGUUGAAAGACGACAGGCUUGGACAACAUGUGCCCACAUUACAUCCAACAUCUGAAGAGUUGACAAUUGCUGGAAUGACAUUCACCACAUUUGACCUGGGUGGUCAUGUCCAAGCAAGAAGAGUUUGGAAGAACUACCUGCCAGCAGUGAAUGGAGUGGUAUUUCUCGUAGACUGUGCUGAUCAAGAGAGACUCUCUGAAUCUAAGACUGAACUUGACGCUCUGCUAACGGAUGAGACCAUCGCUAAUGUCCCAGUGCUGGUGUUGGGUAACAAGAUAGAUCGUCCAGAAGCCGUCAGCGAGGGAGGGCUAAGAGGAGCAUUCGCUCUCGAUGGACAAACCACCGGAAAGGGUAACGUUUCCUUGAAGGAGCUGAACGUAAGACCUCUGGAGAUCUUUAUGUGCAGCGUGUUGAAAAAGCAAGGCUACGGGGAGGGCUUUCGGUGGCUCUCGCAGUAUAUCGACUGACAUUUGGAAACGCUCUACCCUUGGGACUUCAGAAGUAAAUCUCUGCAUUGUUUUUGUUUUUGGGGGGGAGAGAUGGGGGAGGGAGAAAGGUUAGCCUAUUAGGGAGUUUAUGGAGAGCUGAGACCCUUAGCAUCCCCCAGGUUCUUGUGGGGAAACUUCAAAGGAUGUCUGUCAUUGUCAGCAUUUGUCCGUUUUAAAGGUUUCUAUGCAAACUUUUAGAAGUGGUUCAUGGUGAACUGUCCUAAACUAUUGAUUUUAGUUUAAUUGUGUCAACACAGCAUUUUCAAUAUGAUAUGUAUCCUCUAUCUGGCAUGUGAAACUACAGUAUAAUGACAGAAUCACUCACGUUUGUACAAUUCAGGAUCUUAUGUAAGAUUGUAGGAACUUUUAAAGUGAUUUACUGUGACAUUUUGAGUGUAAGUAUUUGAUGUGUAUGGUGGACCAAGUUGUGGGAAUAAUGAGUGUAGAGCCCUCAACAAUGUAAGCGAUGAUAUGUUGCUUGUACAUAGAAUUAAGAUGACUUGAAGAAGAGCAAACAAACGGUUUUCACCGGCCGAAUUCCAGUUACCCAUGAGGAAGUGAUA